AUGAGCUACGAGAACCCUUAUGCCCACGAGAACCCCUACGCGGAGGAUGACCGUCACGGGGCGCAGAAUCCGUACGCUGAGGACAGUUAUGCCAUGGGUGACACCGGUGUCGCGGCCUCUGCUAAUGGGAACAGCGACGACUUCGUUCAGUUCAUGGAUAGGAUAAACUCGAUCAACGGCAGGUUGCAGACGUACGAGAGUGUGAUAAAUAACAUCGACAGUCUGCACAGGCAGUUGCUCGUUGAGAUAAACGAGGAGAAAGAGAUGCAAUUGAGACACACGCUCGAUGACUACAUCUCCCAGGCGUCUGACUUGCAGUACACUUUGAAGGGCGAGAUUAAAGACGCGCAGCGGGAAGGUAUCCACGAUAUAAACAAGCAGAAACAGGCCGAGAACUCGAGACAACGGUUUCUGAAGCUUAUCUCUGACUACAGGAUCAUCGAUUCCAAUUACAAAGAGGAGAACAAAGAACAGACGAUCAGACAGUACAAAGUCAUUCAGCCGGAGGCAACAGAUGAGGAGGUCGAGGCGGCGAUUAGUGAUGUUGGUGGACAACAGAUCUUCUCGCAGGCCUUGUUGAACGCAAACAGACGUGGUGAGGCAAAGACCGCGUUGGCCGAGGUGCAGGCGAGACACCAGGAGUUGCUCAGAUUGGAGAAGACCAUGCAGGAAUUGAACCAGUUGUUCUCAGACAUGGAGGAGCUCGUUAUCGAGCAGGAGGAGAACGUUCAAGCGAUCGACCAGAACGUCGAGGAGGCUCAGCAGGACGUGGAACAAGGUGUCGGGCACACGAACAAAGCGGUCAAGUCCGCGAGAAGAGCAAGAAGAAACAAGAUAAGAUGCUACAUCAUCUUGUUCUGUAUCUUCGCGGUAGUCGUCGUUGUCGUCGUCGUACCAUCCGUCGUCGUCACUCGUCGUAACUAA